CAUAGACCAGCUAUACACCGAAUAUCUGCCAGUUACUGAAGAAACUACUGUAAUGUAAGGAGUCUGUACAAAAAAUGCUGUUUUGUUUAAAGUGAAUUUCGAGGGCAUUUAUAGUGUUUCAGGAACGUUGGGAGUUUCUUCUUCUGAGUCUAGUGCAGCCUCGAAACAACGCCAGCUAGCAUCAACAGAAGUGGAGUAUCAGAGAAAUGAGACGUAUGGAGCAGAUUAGUAGCUAACGUCUCCUCCACUGCAAACACCACCUUCCUUUGUUAAAGGCUGUUGUUCUGCCGGUACAGUAACUAACAUAUCGAUGUUCUCGCUGUUUGGACGGUUGUUCUCAGCUGUUCCUGUAACGUUAGCCUCGAAUCGCCGUUUCUGGCUUGUGAUGGCGUGGCAGUAGCUGCUUCUUUGUGUUGUCCGGACUAUGCACGAAAAACACGGAUGUUACUCUAUCCACACUGUCCGACUUGCAAGGAAUCCACGGAGGAGAAACGUCCUGUUAUAGUCUGCACUGACCCGGUGGCUGCUAGCUGACAUCACUUCACAACUUCUUGCCCAGGUGUUGACUGGCGAGCGGCUGAACAUGGAAGAUGAGGUGUUUGACCAGAUCGUGACCGUGUUUAACAGCCUGGUGUCGUGGGUCGCUGCCGGUGCUAUGGUGUUUGGUGGGGUGGUGCCCUACAUCCCCCAGUACAGAGACAUCCGCCGGACCCAGAAUGCAGAGGGGUUCUCCACCUAUGUGUGCCUGGUCCUCCUGGUGGCGAAUAUCCUACGGAUACUCUUUAGAUUUGGCCGCUACUUCGAGACCCUGCUGCUGUGGCAGAGCAUCAUCAUGAUCGCCACCAUGCUCAUCAUGCUGAACCUGUGCACCAGCGUCCGCAUGGCCACUGAACUCAACACCAAAAGACGCUCCUUCAUAGACUUUGACUGGAACCACUUCUGGUCGUGGAGUCAUUUCAUGGACUACGUGCAGUGCGUGCUGGCCUUCACGCUGGUGGCGGCCUACAUCACCUACCUCCUCCUGGACUCUGCUCUGUUCGUGGAGACCCUUGGCUUCCUGGCUGUCUUCAUAGAAGCAAUGCUGGGCACGCCGCAGCUCCACUGCAACUAUCAGAACAAGUCCACAGAGGGCAUGAGUAUCAAGAUGGUGCUGAUGUGGACCAGCGGCGACACCUUUAAAACAGGCUACUUCCUGCUCACCCAGGCCCCUGUGCAGUUCUGGACAUGUGGCCUGCUGCAGGUCUUCGUCGACUUCGCCAUCCUGUUCCAGGUUUACUACUACAGCCGCUACCCACAGAAGCCAGUGUCCCACACUGUCUCCCACACCACCAGUGCCAAAGCCCUCUGAAAGCCUCUGCAAGCUCUCUGAGGCCAUGUACACACUCAAAAACACCAGUGAGGAAGCACUUUUAGAGGCGCUGUGGGCAUGUAUAAACAUACAUGAGUACCAAAGCACCUUGAGAUGAUGCAGGCUGCUCACCCUCACUUCAGAGUAUACAUACACCCCCAUAAAUAAGGCACGGACAUGCGCAGACACUUUGUGGUGUUGGUUCAGCGAUACCUGAAGGACACUUGUUCCAAACAAACUCAACAUUUUUCACUUUAUUUAUCCUCCCGACUCCUCGAUGCGACAGUGCGCUUGUGUCCUGGAAUGCAGACUUCUCAAAGAGUAUAUACUUCAAUCAGCUUGUGCAUGUGGAGAAUAUUAUGCACAUGAAUAUAUACAGUCUAAAAACUGCAGAUGUAUGCACUGAAAAUCCUCAAGGAAAUGUUGACAAUGUUUGUCAUCCACAUUAGCUGAUGAUUGUUGCAUGGACCCUCUGCCUUAAAACACACAUUCAAACAUGGCUUACCAGCAAUAUACAGUAAAUGUAUGGAUUCAUCAAAAAAUCUUAAUAUAGGUUACUGAAUGUACAAAAUAGCAUUUUUUUUUCUAUAUAUAUAUGUAGUUUUUCCCAACUCAGUGGAGAAAUGCUGAUCAGUCUGCCACUUGUUGGACACAUGGUUGCUAUGUGCUGUGCCGCAGAGGCUCAAUCUUGCGGGAUAACACAGGAAUCGAGCUCUAAGAAACUAGAGGCAAUCAGAGUAUACCAAAAGAAGAGAAACUCCAGAGGCUUGACGCUGCAGUGCAUUGGCUUUUAAAAAACAAAUGGUCAGACGUGGCGUCGAAGCUAACGGAGUGAUGAGAAAAUUGUGCGAUGUCAAAGACAUAAGGGCUGUCUUCUGUUGAAGUCUGUAUCACUGGAAGCAAAGAGGUUCAUCAACAUCCAGACCAGUGCUCAGGCUUCAUGGGCUGUCAAAAGGAGAGUGCCAAGAUUUUUGUACUGAAGCUGUCAAUGGCAUUUUGUAUAUAAUUUUAAUCAUUGCUAGGAAGCUACAGCUAACAUCUAUACACACUGCACAUUAGCUGUUUGGGGCAAAUAAGCACAGUCUGCAAAAAAACACUCCAGUGGUGAAAUUUGCACAAAUAAUCCCAGGCAAAUGUUUGCUUCGCGGUCAGUCUGAACACAGUUUAAGGACGAAAGCAGGAUUUCUUCAUGGAAUGGAUGUAGCUCGGGCAGCACGACCUUAAGCGACCAUUUUGGUUUAAUAUAACUUUUUGCUGCGUUCAGGCAAUGUUAGCACAACAGGAAGAACAGAAAGACCCACCAUUAUCUGGCGUGGGAGUUCAUGCAUUAUUCUAAGCUGCUGCAGGCCAUUCACACCAUUUAUUUAGUAUAAAGAGCUACUUUUGUUGUGGACUGUGUGAGCUAGUGCUUUUUAUUAAGAUGCAAGAUGUUUGCCGCCAGCUUAUUGACACUUCUGUUAUUGUUUUUCGCCUGGUGGGAGAUAAUAUCAUAGCUUUCAAUAGUCUAACUUCUGACUCAGAAUUACAACUAGGAAGCUGACGUGGAAGCUUUUUCCCACUCGGCUGCUCCGAAUUAUGGUCUGAACAAUAUGAGUUGAAUGUGCAUUACUUUGCAAUUUUGGCUGUCAUUCCUAUCUGUUAUAAUAACAUUAUACGCUCCAAGUUAAUUGCUGAGAUCUGGGAAGGCAGAAAGAUCAAGCAAUCCCAGACAUCGUUUUUGGUCAGACAGUUGUUGUUAUUACUGAUAGGAAUUACAGCCGCAGCCAUGAAAUGAGACCCAAGUUGUAAUGAACCAGAAUGAUCCUUUAAGAGAUGUUCACUUUACAGACUGAUGCUUCUGAAUACGCUCAGCAAAGUCAUAUCUUGGCUUCCCAUCACACUGGCUGCGGGUAGCACUCACUGGCCAGUUUUUUUUAUUUAGACUUCAAAUCCAAUAACAUCCCCUGAUAUCAGCACUCAUGACUGCACAUCACCUUCUGGUGCGGCUUCGGGCAGGUUGUACUCAUCAUUUUUCUCAUAAGAAAUUAAUUUCCUGGUCAGAAGGAGAGGCAGCCACACGACACAGCAAAGACUUUCUUUGUUGUUGUUGUUGCUUUGUAAUUUUUCUCUGGGGAGGGCAGAAAUGCCAAACCAGGAGGUGUACGACUGUCAGCCCUUCAGUGAACUGUGGACCACAGCAGACCUGAUUCUGUCCUCGUCUUCUACGAUUCAAGAAAUGGAAACUUCCCUUUUGUUCCAGUGGGACGUAACAGGAGUUUUCUAUGAAUAUUUCUCUCCUUGCUGUUAAACAUACAAAAAAGAUAUGGUGGAAAUAGUGGAUGUACACUUUUCGUGUACCCACGAGUUUAGUCACCCUAUUUAUUUUAUUAGGCUUUUCAUAAUCCUCAAAUGCCAGUGUAAGAUAGCGUAUGUCUGUUCUUUAUUCAAGCAGUGGGGAGUGUGACAGUUUUGUAUGAAUAAUGUGACUCCUGACAGGCUCCUGUUAUGCUCAACAGGAUGAAAAUGACUUCAGAGUUUCACUUUAUUUACAGUUUAGCUUUUUUUUUACUUUGUGUUUUGUAUCCUUUAGUUCGUUCAUUUUAUUACGUGAAGGUAUUUUCCCACGGACACUGCCAGCUUUGGUGUUGUCUUAUUUGUGGAAUCCACACAUAAGUUUGUUAAUGUACCAAAAAUAUUAUUUCCACUGCUUCUUAUGUCAUUUUUACUAUAUUUAAUUUUUCUAUUAAACUGCCAAUCGUCCACCUCAGUUACUAAAGACAUGCAUCAACACUUGAGGCUGUUUAAAGUUUUGUCGUGAAUGUAAUGUGACAUUGUCAUACAAUAAAGAGAACAGGGAG